AUGCUGCAAGCUGAAGAUCUCGCACGCAUCCAAAGGGAAUUGGACGGCCUGAGUUCACCCGCGUCCGAAUCGUCAUGCUCUCCCGUUGACAUAUUCAAGGAGCCACAAGAAGAAAGCCUGCAGGGGAGCUCCCUGCGGGCAGCUUCGACAGAUGGCGAACAAAUGACUAACGGCAAUGCGACUGCUCGCAAUGCGGAGGGCGAGAGCGGGCAUGGGCCGUUUCUUUCAGGAGAUUCAGCAGGCGAUGCCGCAGGAGCGGAGGAUGACGAGGUCUUCAGCAUUCAGGAUCUCUUGAGGGAGAAGCGCAGAAGACUUCGGCGGCAGCUGCAGCAGCCUCAUGGGAAGACAGAGGAGGCUCCCGUGUCUCUGCCUGCUGCAGACAUAGCCCUCAACGCUGCAGAGCAACGGGUGCUUCAAAAGCAGCAGCAAAGGGAAAAAGAGGCCAUCGAACGCGCGGCACGACUGGUAGGAGAUGAGGUCCAGCAUGUGGCGGCGUCUGGACCAGUAGGUGGCGGCUCUCGCAUGCCAAAGAAGAAAUCACAGCAGGUGUAUGUGGGGUUGCCUGUUGGUGUCGGCUGGCAUGUGCCGCUCGUUGGCGUAGAAGGACGCGGAGGCUACAAACCAGCGGCGGGAGAGGCGGAGGAUGAAGGAGGACGCAAGAAGGAAGAUCCCGACGGCGGACGGCAGAAGAGGGCCUUGACAAUAAAGGAAAAGGAGCGGCUCAAGAGAAAGAAGGGUCAGUCGUCUCACGCCACGUGGAAGCCCGAAGCAUGGAUGCAACUCAGGCAGCAGUUCGACUAA